GCUUGUUUCUCUCUGCUUUACAAGCUUUACCAAGCUUGUUAAAAGAGACUUUUUUCACAUAUUGAAGUUUAAGGUGACUUAGAGCUCAUUCAGAUUUGAGGUGAGUUUCAAUUCAGCUUUUCGGCGUAUCAGGAGCUCUUAGAAGUUUUGGCGACAACGGUUGUAACUUGCCGUGCGGUUUGCAGAACUGACUUCCAUGGUUUUAACUAGCUAGGAAAUUGUUUAAAAUUAAUAAGUUAUGUGUACUUCAGCUCAUCUCUCAGACUUUUCUUUAAAACUUAGCCUGUUCUAACGCAAAAGGCAUCGGCGGACCCGGCUAUCUCGGAACCUGGAACAGGCUAUCUAAAACUGGGCCCGCAUGAUCAAGAGAACAGAUAAAUAUGAAAAACCAAACGGAAAAGGUCCCUUUAAGGCUAAAACCUGACAUAACGAGCUCGAGUCAAAACAAAUUUUCACAGAACGAGUAAGCUGUUUCUCCUUUAUCUAAAAGUGGCGCCUAAUUUUUGAUACUCUCUUAUACAGUAGAAAACGUCGCAGAAAACUAUUCAGCGAAAAUAAGAGUGAUUCCCUCGCCACCCUCCACAAUUUCUCCCCGACUUUUUCUUUCUCACGGCCUAUUUUUGAGAUUUUUCCUUGCGCUAUACUAUUUAAUAGGUUAUUCUAGGCUAGUUAUCCGUAUUCCAGCCGUCUUGUGAUGCGACCAUAAAACAAGGAUCGUCCAAUUAAGCCUACUGUCAGACACUCAAUGGGGAAAGUAACCGUGACUCUUAAGGCUUUCUUUUUUGCAAUCUAGUUUUACCCUCACUUAAAGCAAACCCCACUUUAUCCUUUAAAUUUUGUAAUGAAAGGUGAAUUUCUUAUAUUUUUCAGACCCACAAGACUUCAGCGGCGGCUUCAUAGUUUAUCAUGUACAACCCUUCUUCACAUCCUGAUAUCUUGCUUUUGUAAGAAUGUUAGGAAGCAUUAUUUCCCUUGAAAGUUUUAUUGAGCUUUGCAACCACUCUGCCACUGACCUACACUCAUUGUUAGUUAAGAUAACUAGCCACUCUGUGGUUCAGGGAAUCAAUGGAGUCGACCUCUUUGGAGAGAUAUUAUUCAAUAAUCUGGCUUUUGUCAUACUAACCAAAUGGAAGCCUCUUCUGUUCAUAUCCACAAUGGCCCUCUGCACUUUCAGGCUAUUACAAAAGACAUGUAUGUGGAAUUUGUUGUAAUGUAAUAAGAAGUAUUUCGUGGAAAAGAUUGAAAGUGCUUUGACUAAAAAAUGUUGUCAUUUUUAGAUAUUUUUUCCGUCCUUUGGUUCAACCAUCCAUUCUAUUUAUUUCUUUAUUUCAAUUUGUCGCGAAAUUUUAAUAAGGCAUACAAUUCAUACUGCGAACUUAACUGCGAACAGCCUGUAAGAGGCGUUGCCUAGUCCCUAGGCCUCAUUAUUCCGCGCGGCCAAAGCGUCCCGGGUCGCGUGGUCCAAGCGAAAAUGCGAGUUUCCCGCCCGUUCGCCUCGGUGCGUCACCGAGGUGAAUUGACCGAGAGGGACUGCAGUAUAUACAGGAAAUAGGCAAGAAGAGGUGAGUACGAUAUAGAGAGCAGUUUAAUUGUUUUAAAAUACUUUUUUUUCAGUUAAAAAGGUGGAGGUCCGGCCUGUCAAACGUGCUUUCUCCUUGUCCAGGUUGUUUAAAAUGGUUAAGGUACGGGUGAAUACAUAAUGAUUAUAGCCCAUUUUCACCAUAACGAUACUUCUAUGACUACAACGUGAACUACCAUAAUUCAGUUAGUUUUUGCUGUCUUAUUUAACUUUGCCGGUGAAUCCCAUUAAGGUUUAAAAAAACAAAAACCUUAAUUUACACAAGAAAACAAAAAAAACUGAAGCAUUCUGGUAGUUGAAGUAAAAUUACAUCUUUAUAAUUACACAAACCAGUCAGCAAAACCUACAGACCUAAGAAUGAUAUUUUUUGGCUUUUAAUAACGUUUAGUUUUCCUUUUUGAUACCUUAUCCUUCGAAUGCGCUCGUAGACAUGUCAGACAUAUGGUGGAGAUUCUAUUUUCGCGGGAAAAUGUGCCCUAAAAUGUGUCUAAAAAUAAAAUGGUUCGUAAAACCGCCGUGACAUAGGCUUAGUAUGGAAUUUGCUCGCUCCGGGUUAUGGGCUCCUGUCAGGAUCGGAUGGUUCCAUUUUCUUCCGAUUGGAACUGCGUAUGACCCCGUCCCUCAUAUGCAAUCUGAUGAAAACUACCCUUGAGUGUGGGAAGCAGAAGCUGAAGGACAAAAUAGUCAAAAUGCUCGUUUCACGCCUUGUGAUUGGUUUAGAGUUUCCUCUUCUACUUGUUACAGACCCCGACAACGAAAUUCUCACUAAAUCGUAAGUGAGGGAGUCUUAAGCGGAAUCCCAACACUGUUUUUACAAACAAUACGACGCAGUCUUCGCUUCUGGUUACGACUAGUGAAAACCAGCCUUAUGUAAGAUAUACUAAACGAAAAACAAAAAUGGCAAAAAAACGAAAAGUGGUGAUAUAUGGGUUCAAAAGUUGUAAUGUUGUCUGUACAAGAAGAAAGAAAGAAAUACACGCACACUGGGAACCCCGAAAAUGUGUCUUAAAACCUGCAGAAGUAUAACAAUGACCCAUGACGUUUAUGUAAGGAUCCUUAUCGUCACUGUCAUUCUUGCUACAGAACGCCCAUUUGCCUGGAGUUACCGGAGAUAUCAUAUCCCUUAUCGAAAAGCACAAUAUUGAUGUAAAUAGCAAACAUCCAAAAUCAGAGUCUGGAUUAAGUUUGUUUCUGGUAAGUGGAAAUUUUCAGUGUAUUGCUCAUCAAACCUUCAGUGCUAUAUUUUGCAAUUAAAGAGUAAGCGUUACUUUUCACAGUAAAAUUACAUUCCAGGCUUAACCUGCUAGUACAAUUUUGCCACAAAAAUUUAGAAUCGAUAGUACCAGAAAUAAGUACAAACUGAAUAAGAUGCAAAACAAACGGCUAACGAAAGACUUCACUACCGAGGGUUAGGAAGAUCUGCAUGUGUCCCAAUCGGUUUAAAGUAUCAACGGGAACUAACCUGGCUUUAUCAUUGAAUCUUUAGUGUGCUUGUUUAAGCGGGGACAGCAGUCUCGUAACAUAUAUGUUAAGUAAAGGUAAGUAAAUUCACCCAUUACACUUAACUAGAACGCGCUUUAUUUGCGUGUCGAUCUAUUUAUGCACUAAAGUACUAAUUGAGGACUAUUUUUACUCCUGAUAGUUCGAGCCACGUUUAAUCUAGCCCUUCGCAGGGCAAAGGUGGAACCUUCAUUUCUCGGUUACUUUUAAGAGAGUAUUAUAACAUAGCUAGAAAAUUCGCCUAAUCAAAUUCAAUAGCGCGAGCGUGCUUCAUAUUCCUAUUGAGCACGCUGAUGACGUCAAUAAACUAUUCGUAAUUCCUCGAGUUGUUGUGAGCUUAGCAAUCCUGAGUCUCCUGAGUGAAUCCAUAACUCAGCAAUAGACAAUGAAGCGUUUACCAUGUGUUUUGUAAAGAAAUUUAAGAGGAAACGUUUGAAUUUGUUAACCGAUAGUAAGGAAAAGAGGUGAGUGUUGUUGUUGUUGUUGUCAUCUCCGCGAGCUGUGCGGGCUAUGGCGUGAGCUCAUUCUUUGCAAAGUUGUUUUCUCUCAAUAACAAUUUUUCGGGAAAUUAAUAGUUUUCCGACACCUAAAUAUGGAUUUUACAAUCAUUUUAGAGUACACUUUCUCUCAGUUUCAGGAUAAAAACAUAAGAUUAACUGUGAGGAAAAAAGAUAUAUUCACGUAAACAUUGACGCGUACUGCUUUGAGCGCGCCCUUCAAUAAUAAAAUUUUCAGUUAACUGCUGCAUUGAUCGCUUUGAUAAUGUUAUAAAACAAUUAGUUCAUGCUGCAGCUGUGCGUAUGUCGAGAUAUUGAGCACUUGGGAAGUUUGGAGAGCACUCAAGAGGCUAGAGUUGCACUCGGCUGCGCCUCGUGCAACUCUUACGCCUCUUUCGUGCUCUCCAAACUUCCCGCGUGCUCAAUAUCUCGACAUACGCACGCUGACGCAUGAACUAAUUGUUAAUUAGUCUAGGCUCGGGAAUCGAGCCUCUCACUAUAAACCCUUCUGAUACUUAUCAUGGGUAUAAGGGCACAAUAAAAUAUUAUAACAUAGCUAGAAAAUUCGCCUAAUCAAAUUCAAUAGCGCGAGCGUGCUUCAUAUUCCUAUUGAGCACGCUGAUGACGUCAAUAAACUAUUCGUAAUUCCUCGAGUUGUUGUGAGCUUAGCAAUCCUGAGUCUCUUGAGUGCAUCCAUAACUCAGCAAUAGACAAUGAAGCGUUUACCAUGUGUUUUGUAAAGAAAUUUAAGAGGAAACGUUUGAAUUUGUUAACCGAUAGUAAGGAAAAGAGGUGAGUGUUGUUGUUGUUGUUGUCAUCUCCGCGAGCUGUGCGGGCUAUGGCGUGAGCUCAUUCUUUGCAAAGUUGUUUUCUCUCAAUAACAAUUUUUCGGUAAAUUAAUAGUUUUCCGGCACCUAAAUAUGGAUUUUACAAUCAUUUUAGAGUACACUUUCUCUCAGUUUCAGGAUAAAAACAUAAGAUUAACUGUGAGGAAAAAAGAUAUAUUCACGUAAACAUUGACGCGUACUGCUUUGAGCGCGCCCUUCAAUAAUAAAAUUUUCAGUUAACUGCUGCAUUGAUCGCUUUGAUAAUGUUAUAAAACAAUUAGUUCAUGCUGCAGCUGUGCGUAUGUCGAGAUAUUGAGCAGUUGGGAAGUUUGGAGAGCACUCAAGAGGCUAGAGUUGCACUCGGCUGCGCCUCGUGCAACUCUUACGCCUCUUUCGUGCUCUCCAAACUUCCCGCGUGCUCAAUAUCUCGACAUACGCACGCUGACGCAUGAACUAAUUGUUAAAUAUUUGACACUUCAUAAGUACAAAAUCUUAUGUCUGAUAGGAGCAGAUAUCAAUUCUAACACCACUUGUAAAGACGGUGCUCUUCAUCUUGCAAGCUUCUGCUGUGCCAAGCAAAAUCUCAAGAAUGGUCUUGGUAUAAUUACCUCCCUGUAUGAAGCAGGUAUAUUGUUCAGAAAUCAUCAUAAUAAGCCACCUCUGAGUUUCAAAAACCCUCACUUUCAAAAUGAGGCCAAGUGCACAACCUUUCUUGCGAAAAUAAGUUUUAUUUACAUGGGAAUGAGAAAUAACUUCCAUAUCAAGGGCUUAGCAGUUAACCUCGCUCGUCUCGAUAAAGAGGCCCUGGGGAAUUGGCCUAUUUAAAUUUAAACUAAUCUCUAUUAAACUGACUUUGACGCUUUCUGUAGAACUGAGCCAAGAAGUGAAUUUUUUUUUAAAAAUAUGUUAAAAAAAUUAAUAAUAUAUUGGUCGAAUGACUAUCACAGGGACCCUGCGUGGCUUUGUAUUUGUAUUUGUUCGGAUAUCGUAAAAGGAGAUUUCAACAGCCUACCUGGUAAUCAUUUAUGCGCGGCCUCUCCUAAGGACAUUGGGUGUUGGUAGUAAUUGUAUAUUUCUCGGUGUUUUUUGAUACUAAUGCAAGUUUACUAUAAAAAGCAAAACCCCGACGAAUAAGAGAGUUGACUUAUUUUUACUCUAUUUAUUUGGUCGCUGCAGAUGCUAAAUAUGUUUUUUCCGUUGAACAUCCCUAGGUUGCAACAUCAAUUCAAAAAACUGGCUUGGUAAUACUCCAUUAUGCAUUGCUGCUUCAUCUGGAAACUGCGACCUUAUCCAACACUUGAUAUCUCUAGGUAUGCAGUGAGAUUAAACCUUGCAAUAAUUUUGUUAAAAUUUUCCCGUACCAAGUGCUUCAAAAUUGAUUACUCCAGCUUCGGUUAGGGUGUAAAUCCUGAUUUUUCUUUCAAAAAUUUUUAAAAAAUCGAGCAUCAAAAAAUAUUAUAAGUCGAGUACAAAAGCAAAACCUUUCAGCCGUUGUGAAAUAUUAUAUGCUGCAAAAGGGCGGAAAUAUAUAUAGAAUCUUAAUUUUGUUACAAAAAUCUACUGCUUCUUUCCACGUCAACUAGAACAUGCAUGUAGAAAGAGUGAUAACUCGUUAUUUUCUUUUGAAACCCACCAAUAGGUGGAGAUAAAAGCAUUUGCAAUAAUGACGGAAUCUACGCAAUGGACUUUGCUACGAAUGCUGGUAAGGAGAAUUACAAAAGAAAAUAAUGUAUACUGUUACCGAUCGAUCUCUAAUCUGCCUGCUAAGAAAGCUCAGGUACUGUUGAUGGCGGAAGCAAUUUGCUGUGGCACCUGUUCUGUACUCUCUGUAAGUAUCUGAUAUCACCCUGAAAUGCUAGAAAAGCAGAGCCUUGAAGAGCGUCGGUAAUCAGUAUUUCGCAAUUAAAGACACAUAGGCCAGCAUGCUCUUUCCUUGGCUUAGCAACUUCUUGUAUGAUUACUUUGACACCAAGUUUACAUCCAUGCACAGGUCACCUAGACGCGGCAAAGUUGUUAGCUAUUGACGUCCCGAACCCACAUGUAUGGGACAUUGUAGACCCUCAUACUCCUCCACGAGUUAAACUCGGUCUCCAAAGUCCUUCGAAACAGCAUUUGGUGUAUUCAUCCUUCAGGAAGAGACGUCUGGAUUUCUGCAGUCUUGUUAAGUAG